AUGGAACAAUAUUUCUUUAUAAAUGAUGUUACAGAAGAAAAAAAGAAGAUUGCCUUGUUUAUCACUUUGAUUGGGUCGGAAAGCUACGAAACAUUAAAAAAUUUAGUGUCUCCAGAGGUACCGAGCUCGUUAUCAUACACUAAAUUAGUGGAGGUUUUAAAGGGGCAUUAUAUUGAAAAGAAAUCAGCAAUUGCAGCGCGAUACGAGUUUUACCAAUAUAAACAGAAGGAAAAUCAGUCCAUAAAUGAUUUUGUUGUUCAAAUCAAAAGGUUAGCUGCAAAUUGUCAAUUUAAAACUUUUUUAAAAGAAGCACUUCGGGACAGAUUUGUAUCUGGAUUAAGAAAUGACAUUUUAAAAAGUAAAUUACUGUCGGAGCCUGAUGAUUUAUCAUUUGAGAAAGGUAUCCAAAUGGCUUUAGCUUUUGAGAGUGCAGAAAGAGACACUAAGUACAUACAACCAGAUGGAAAUAUCCAUUUAGUAAAGAAGCCUCAAUAUCGGCAAGGAUCCAAAGCUCAAGUGCCCCACUUAGAACAAAAUCUCAAGUUGGAAGGGAAGCUAGAAUGCAGACGUUGUGGGGGUGCUCAUUUAACUACUAGGUGUUUUAAAAAAGAAUGGAUAUGUUUUGUUUGCAAGAAGCCUGGGCAUUUGGCAAAUAAAUGCCGGUUUAAAUUAUCAAUGAAAGGAAACAAUGUUAAAAAUGUGGAACAAGAGAAAGAGGUCAGUGACCAUCAUGAAGAGCAGGAGGAGGUAGUUCUAGGAAGUAUCAUGAAGAUUUCAGAGCAGGAUAUGGCAUCAAUGACAUUGUGA